AUGAAAACAAAAAGUAAGAGCUGUUGUGAACAGACGAUUCACCCAGAAAGAGAAUUUCAGGCGACACGACCUCCCUAUGCCAUAUGUGAUCCAUCAAACCCACGUUGUUGCAAAGACAGGGGAAAAUACCUCAAUUCUGCGGGCGCGCGCGCGCGCUCCCGCCGGCACGCAGUUGCAAUUUCUGAGCAGUUUUGUCCGGAAGACUGUGCUCAGGUUAUGACGACUAAUCCCAAACCGAACAAGGCAUUAAAGGUAAAGGAGGAGUCAGGAGAGAAUGCCCCAGUGCUGAGUGAUGAUGAACUCGUGUCAAUGUCCGUACGGGAGCUGAACCAGCACCUGAGGGGUCUCACCAAAGAGGAGGUCAUCCGUCUGAAGCAACGAAGGCGCACGCUGAAGAACCGGGGCUACGCUGCCAGCUGCCGCAUCAAACGCGUGACUCAGAAAGAGGAGCUAGAGAGGCAGCGGGUUGAGCUGCAGCAAGAGGUGGAGAAGCUGGCCAGAGAAAACAGCAGCAUGAAGCUAGAGCUGGACGCCUUGCGCUCCAAGUACGAAGCACUCCAGACCUUUGCUCGUACUGUGGCGCGAGGGCCUAUUACCCCGACCAAAGUUGCCACCACCAGUGUCAUCACCAUUGUGAAAUCAGCCGAAAUCUCAUCCAGUUCUGUGCCGUUUUCAGCAGCGUCCUAGUGCCCUCAGUGGGGGGAACUAGCAGCCUUUCAGAGGGGAGGGGAAAAGGCUCUUAUGCAUUGUUCCGGAGUCCUUGGUCACGUCAAGAAUUGGCAUUUUAACAAUUCUCUUCCGAAAGUGCAAAAAAUAGAAAAGAAGAAAAGAAAAAAAAAACAAACAAACCCCAGACCUACAAAGGGAACUUAACUGGCUGCUUCUGUCUGGACUCAGUGGCUCCAUCAACCUCUCGUGUCCAGGAUUUGAGCUCUGUAUGCAGUACAAGUUGCGAGAUCUGCUUCCUCCUUCCCCCUGCCUCCCCAAACUCCUCUCAGCCGUGGGCAGCUUUCCAGCUGGGAGAAGAUACCUGAGGAGCCUCCGGAGUCUUCAUGAAUGAUGCUCAAGAGCCAGGAAACAGAUGGACCGUAGAAAUCAUCAUGUGAGAUGAAUGUAUGGGAAAAAGAGUUUCCUUUAGUGGCAUCCUACUCCCUGUAAGAAGGGUCUCCCCUACCUUCUCCACUUCCAUCUGAUACUACGAGGGCAGGAAUAUAGGCUUUUUGGAUUAGAUUUCAUCCUGCUACGAGUGGAUGGGAGCGGGAGGACGAUGGAGACUAAUGCUUGGGACUGACCACACCCGUUAGGAAUAACCUUUUGUUUUCAAUCCAUGCUGUUAAAAUAUGGAAAAAUACAUAUUUUACAUAUUUUAAUAUGCCCCAUUACCUGUGUGGCCUAUAAAAACUACAUUGCAGCCUCCUGUAUUCCAAGCUCAAGUUUCCCGAUAGCUCCUUCCCUAAGGUGUGCCUGUGAAUUGGGUAUAUUUAUGCAGUUUAUUUCUUCCAAAUGAUCCGUGGUCUUGAAGUAGCGGCUUUUUUUUAUUUUCUGGAUUCCCUGAAGCUGAAGGGAAAGAGGCACAGUAAAUGCUGUGAAGGGCUGUGUGAUGGGCAGGAGAAGGGGAGACAAGGAGGAAAAAUGCUGCAAGUAUUACCAGGUGGAGGCAGAACUGGUUGUGAGAAGGUGGGACAGUUCUGCUGGGAUCAGCACUAUGAGAAGGGGUUUGUGCAGAGUAUUUCAGAAAGAUGUUUUUAAAGCACUGAAGUGUAACUAGAGGGCAAUAGUGUUCAGACAGGAGGAGAGAAGUUAUAGAGCCUCCUCUUUGACAAAGCAUUUGUAGGUUAGCAGUGAACAUCCCAGCUGGAGAGCUGGGCUCGCCAGUCUUUGAUGACCAGAGAAGGGCUACGGGGAGGUCAGAUGGGAGCUGAAAGAGUCUUUUCCUCUCUGUAGCAUGUCAGGUGCUGAAGUUGGGAUCCAAAGAGUACAGUGAGCAACCCUCAGUGUUCAGACAACCUGUGUGAAUGUGACCCUGAAACUUGACACUUUCUCUUGGGAAUGGGUGAAUUAUCCUGAGAGGUGCACGGAGGGCAGGAUGGAAAAUUGGUGUGUGUGUAGGAGAUGGAAGAAUUGGGAUCGAGAAGUUGUUUGUAUGGCUCUGAGCAGUGGUUUGAGAGAGGGAUUUCUGGCUUGGCAGUGGGCAGGAGGUGGGAAGCUGAAAGGACAGAUUCUGCUGUUGCGCAGCAGUGCUGAAAAGAUGAAUGUUUCCAGGUCACUGUAAAAAAAAAAAAAUUAGCUAUGUUGGUGUUUAUGUGUUUUGUUGUUGCUUUUUUUCUUUUUGAAGUAGGAAAGAAAAGGGACUGUGAGUUUCGCAGGGCAGGUCAGAGACUUGUGGAAUGGACGAUGCCUGUUGUCACGAAGGUGAGAAGAGAAUGAGAUUGCUGAAGUUUAAGAUGAUAAGAGCUUAGAGGAUUUGGGCUCCAGAACAGAAAACAAAGAUCACGGAGAAUUCACGAGUGUUUUGGACUGAAAGAGAGUAAUCAAGUGCCACCGUUGUUGCAAAGGGGACAGUCAACUGGCAUCUGACACCCAGUAUAAUUUGUUUUUUGAGGCUUUGUCUUGCCUUGAAUGGCAGUAAGUUUGUAGAAAUGUAGUGAAGCCCUACUUGUCUUUGGAAGAAGUUGUUAGCUUGCUUUUUCUUUUUUUUUUCACCUUGUCAUCGGAGUCUCUGGAUUUCCCAGGAGGGUCCUUUGUGAAAUAGGUUAAUGAAAAGAGAAACCUCAGACGUGGUUCUCAUUCAGUCCUCAACAUUGACAUCCGUGACCUUACUGAGCCAGAAAGGGUGUAAGUGAAAUGCUUCCUGGAGGCUCGUUACCCCCGCCAGAUCCAUGUGUUAUGGAGGGGAGCAGGGAGUUUCCUUCAAGUGAUUUUCCAACACGUAGAGUUUGGAUGACACUUAGCGUUACCUCAUUUCUCCUCCACUCCCUCCCUAUCUCCGAACAGGCAGAUCGAUGUCCUGUGUAUCAGUACCAGUUAUUGACUCCCACAGCAGAAGCUGAGGAAGAGAAAGAUGUUACUGUCAUUUCCUGGUCCUCUCAUGUUCUCCAGCUCACAAACAUUGGAAACUUUCCCAGACCUUACAGGUGCCUCCGAAAACAGGCAAAAUGGAGACUCCUGGCACUGUUGGGGCUUUAAAUGAAAACUUUAAUGAAAAAGGCCAGUUGACUUGAAAAUGCCCAAAUGCUUCCAGUCUUUAAAACAGCUCCAGAGCUCCAUAACAUUCCUGGCUAGAUAGGAACACCCUCUGGCUGCCCUUGACCCCCCCACCGGGGAAAUCAGAGCAGUCGCACCGAGGGGGACGGAGGUUGAACUUUGUUCUGUGGGGUCUUCUUGCUGUUGGAAUGAGUUGAGAAACAUAUCUUUACGUGGCACUUCCCUUGUGGCCAAGUAUUUCUUUUUUUCCAGUUCUUGGAAGGGUGCCAAAGGCUUGUCCAAGUGAUUGCUAGUUUAGUGCCAGUAGGCACUUAAAUCUCUGGUCACUCGAUAAAGAACAAGAGGCCUGGGUGUUGUUAAAGCUGUUGAUACCAUAGCCAUGGUAGGUAAUCCAUAUUGGAUAUCCAUAAGGACCACGUGGAAAUAUUUAAAGAGAGAGAAAUAUAUAUAUAAAUAUAUAAUUAUAUACAUUUUAUCGUACAGAUUUUUCGUAAAAAAAAAUAAUUUUUUUUCCAAGUUUGAUACUGUAAAUCUUUAUUAAAAGAAAUUGCCAGUCCAGGGCUCCCUGGGUGGUGACCUGGAGGGGAAUGAAAUGUCCUGGCUAAACUUCCACAGAGGGAUCAGAAUUGCAAGGUAACGUGGAGGGAGGAAUGACCCGAAAGCUGUUGACCGCAUUGGAGACCCAGCUCCUCCACCCUCCACCCUGGAGGGCCCUCCAGCUUGGGGUUGUCGCAUUGCAUUCCUCUGGGGUUCGGUUUGUUUCUGUUAUUUUUUUUUUGUUU